CAUGUGAUCAGCUGUGUCCAAUCACAGCUUAUCACAUGUAAACAGGGAAAUGCCGGUUAUCGCCCCAGCAGUGCCACCUCUCAGUGUCCAUUAGUGCCUUAUAUCAGUGCCACAACACUGCCACAUAUCAGUGCACACCAGUGCACAUCAAUGCCAGAUAUCAGUGCCCAUCUGAGCUGCCUUUCACUGUCACCCAUCAGUGCCAAUCAGUGCCACCUAUCAGUGCUGCCAAUCAGUGCCGCCUAUCAGUGCCAGUCAGUGCUGCCUAUCAGUGCGCAUCCGUGCCACCUAUCAGUGCCUGUCAGUGCCGCCUAACAGUGCCUGUCAGUGCCGCCUAACAGUGCCAGUCAGUGCUGCCUAACAG